AAGCUUGCUUAAUACGCAGGCGCAAAUUCUUAGCGUUCCAGGUUCCAGGAGCUGGCUGUCCUUGUCAGAUCGCUGUUGCAAAAUGCGCUCUGUGGGCACACUGCUGUUGCCCCUGGCCUUGGGUCUGGGGCUUUGCGCCCUAGUGCAUUCUUCAAAGACUGGGGCCAUCAGGAAAAGAGGACCGUCCGUGACCGCCAAGGUCUUCUUUGACAUAAGUAUUGGAGACAAAAACAUAGGAAGAAUUGUAAUUGGCCUAUUUGGCAAAGUUGUUCCCAAGACUGUGGAGAAUUUCAUUGCUCUGGCAACAGGAGAAAAAGGAUAUGGAUACAAAGGAAGCAAAUUUCAUCGUGUAAUCAAAGAUUUCAUGAUUCAAGGUGGAGACUUUACUGUUGGAGAUGGCACUGGAGGUAUUAGUAUCUAUGGAGACAGCUUUCCAGAUGAGAACUUUAAGCUCAAGCAUUAUGGCAUUGGAUGGGUCAGCAUGGCAAAUUCUGGGCCAGAUACCAAUGGUUCUCAGUUCUUUAUUACUAUGACUAGGCCUACCUGGUUGGAUGGAAAACAUGUCGUAUUUGGAAAAGUUAUUGAGGGAAUGACUGUGGUGCAUACCAUAGAAUUCCAACAGACAGAUGAGCAUGACCGUCCACUUACAGACUGUGUGAUUACCAAUAGUGGCAAGAUAAAUGUAAAAGAUCCUUUUGUGGUUGAAGUUGAUGACUGGUAACAGCGUGAAGAAGAGAAAGGUGUGGUGGAAUCCUAUCCAAAUGUUAUGUUUCUUUUUAUGUCUAUAUAGAGAAAAGCCAGAAAGAUAACAACCACCAUGCAGCCUCUUAGGGUUGUGUGAAAAAGGUAUUAGAGUGAUAUUUUAAAGCCCCAAUUUUUGGCUUUAUAUUUAAGUAAAAGUUAUUUUCAACAAAAGAAUAAAAAUUAGUGUAUGUUA